UUCCGAAAGGUAAAGUUGAAAAAUAGGCUGAGGAAAAAAGGUGCAAAGAUGAACUAUCUGUAUGGAAUGACAUGAUUUUUGUCGGAGAGCGAUCAUGGCCAGUGAGGCGGAUGCCCAGUAUGAAGCCUCAGACGAGUCCUCGGAGAAUGAACUGCUGGACAAAAGUCUGUCUGUUUGGAAGGGUUGGAAUGUGAAGGAGACCUUUGACCCCAUACCCCUUGACCUCCACACAGCCAGUAGCAUUGGCCAUUAUGAUUGUGUACGGUCAUUUAUUUCAAGGAAGGUGGACCUUGACAAGAAGAACCGUGGUGGAUGGACGCCGCUCAUGUAUGCCUGUUACAUCGGUCAUGACAACAUUGUUAACCUAUUACUGGAUGCUAAUGUGUCCGUCAACAUAAAAAACAGCAAGGGUCAGACACCCCUCAUGUUGGCAUCCAGCUGUGGCAAUGAGAGUGUUGGAUACUUCAUCUGUCAGCAAGGAGCUGAAUUAGAGGCCCGAGAUCAGAAAGGUUGGACUGCCCUUUUUCAUGCAACAUAUGCUGGCCACCAGAACAUGGUACAGACCCUCCUGGAACAGGGCGCAAAUAUUGACGCUAUAGAACCUAGCAUGGGUAUCACACCUUUCAUGGAGGCAGCUGCUGAGGGACACGAAAUCAUAGUUCAAAUCUUCUUACAACAUGGAGUGACAGUUAACAGCAAGGCACAUAAUGGUGAUACGGCACGGUCUCUGGCUCUCAUCUAUGGACACAUUAAAAUUGUGAGCCUCAUAGACAACCACAGUAUGCCAAUCACCUGUCUACGAUCGGAAGCAGGUCUCGAUGCUGACCUCAGCUCAUCAGAUGAGGCAUUUCCUGUACGUCGCUCACAGCAAACUCGUCGAGGGAAGGGAAAAGGAGCGCCCAGUAUACGAGAUGGACCUGAUGCCAUUGCAAGGCUUAUUGACCGUUCUCAUCCAGGGAGUGCAGAAAACUCCCACCCAAAAGUGCCAAAAGGAUACCUGAGUUUUAAACAAAAUGAGGCUGACCCGAGUGAUGCACCAAAACUAUCCUUUCGUGAUGUUACCUCACCAAUUAACCAACAGGAUUACAACAGUGCUCUCGACAGCUCAGGGGGCAAAGAUUCUUGCGUAGAUGAACAUGAAGAUGAUGGUAAUGCUUUCUCCAAGACCGGCGCUCUCACCAUAAAAAGUAGUUCUGGCUCCAGUGGGGGAUUAAUGGCAGCACUGGGUAUAAAUCGUGAAAGUAGUCUGGACAGUGAUGAUUGUCAGCCCCAGGAUAGUAUAACGUCACACUCCGGAAACUCCUCGCUAGAUGGCAGCACAAACAGUCUCAACGGUCCUGCACUCUCGCCGGCCAGCAGUUUUAACAAAGACUUAGUGACUGCCUUGGUUAGUGACGGAGUCAGUGAAACUGCCAGUAUACCGUGUGAUGAGGCGAACCUUCCAGGUGGUAGUGGGAAGGAUUCAGAAGCAGGUCAACUCAACAGUAAAAUAGAUACACCAAGGCCUGUUACAAACUCGCCCCAGCCAACUACAUUUGUGACAAGUAAUUAUUCGUCAAGUUUCACCACAAGGGCAGAAUUGGCUACAAUGAGCUCAAAUUCUCAAACAUCCAUGCCUUGUUUUAAUAUAAAUCAUCAGAACAGUGCCAAUCAUCAGUCUCAGCCGUCCAGUUUCAGCGCUUGUAGUCAACCACAUCCGGUCAGUUUAAACACCCAGCCAAACAAUUUCAGCACACAGCCGUCCAGUUUUAGUACAAAACCGUCCAAUUUUGCACCAAGCAAUCAUUUUGAAUCUAAACCCUGUAACAGUGGUUCUUCCCAGAGUGACCAUCAAUCACACGUCGGAUACAUGUCCUCGCCUCAGGAAUAUGACGUCUGCGUACUACGACUGAUGUCACUCAGGCCAACAACCCUUCCCCAUACUGACAAUAGCUACCCACCACCUAACAUGUUCCCGGGUCUUGGUUCGAACCCUGUCACCUGUGCAGCACAGAUAGGCUACCAGCUGUUUCCUACUCCUUCUAUCAACACAGGUAUUCCCCAGUCUCCCAUGAUGCAACCCAACCAGGGAGUCACUCAGUCUCCCACAAUGCAAUCAAACCAGGGGGUUUCCCAAACUCCCAUGAUGCAACAAAACCAGGGGGUUUCCCCGUCUCCCAUCAUGCAAUCUAAUCCAGCCAUAGUUUCAAACACUGGUAUCCAACAAUCCUCCAUCAUUUCUCCUGGUCCAGCGAUGACGGCGACCAACUCUGGGAUGGUCUCUCAUCCUGCUGUCACCAAUGUUGUCAUGACGGCCAAUCCAAUGAUGAACCACAAUGCAUUGCUGCAAGAUCAGCAAUUUUUCGGACAUCCUAAGGCCGAUGGUCAGCCACAGGACCUGGCUGGACUGCUUGACCAGCUGGGACUGACCAGGUACCUGGCUGUAUUUGAGGAGCAGGAUGUUGACCUUCAGGUCUUUCUCUCCCUGACAGAUGCAGACCUCAAGGAAGUCGGAAUAAAGCUGUUUGGGCCUCGUAAGAAGAUGACCAAUGCGAUCGCCCGAUGGCACAACCGGGGGCCAAUUUGUCAGUCCAGUUUGGAACAGGCGUACGCUGACCGACUGGAUACUGAGAUGCAGGACAUGGGUCUUCAGUUACGCAAGUCAUUUGAGCAAAUUGAAGCUCUGAAGGCUCAGGUUCUACAGGAACAACGAAUCCGUAACGUGACAGAGAGUUGUCUGACGGACAUACAACAGAUCAGCUUUGACACAAGGCAACGAUGUGAGGAGAUGAAAGAGUCAUUAAGGAAACUCAAACAUUUUCAUACAGAGAUAAAGGUGAAAGCUGAUAUGCGGGACGAAAAGCGAAAUCAGCCAAUACCAUCAUCAGACACAAGAAAUUUGAAUGAUCUAGCAAGUGCAAUGAGAGAGGACUUGUCAUUGGAUGACAGGACAAGAGGAUCAGCCAAUGACAAGGCUGGUUCCUCAGCAGAUUUGGCAAUAAAGAAGAUAGAACACUAUAUAAAGGACCUACAGAAAUAUCUUGCCAUGAUUACGAUGAACGCUGACCGACUUCUUACGUGGGGAGCUAAUUCUCAUUCACAGGACUCUGGCUUUUCAUAGCAAAAGUCUUUUAGCUACUAAUGCUAACGUCAUGUUGAGUUAGUAGUAGAAGUUACAGCACUGAGCUUUAAAAUCUCAUAACAGAGAUUUCGGUUCUCAUAAUACAGUGUUGUGGUAAUGCAGGAUUUGAUUUUAAACAGUAUGUAUAAAUUUGCAAUUGGAUACCCAUAGUUUAACAGCUUUUGGGAUUUCUUAAAAAUUGACUGAUUACGAAAUCAAAAUUGUAGACUGAGAUUUAAAGAAUUCCUGCUGCGGUAGGUUUUAACAUGAAGUAUAUGUUGCAUAUUUAAAAUUCACAUAAUCAUACAUAAUGAGAGUACGCAAAUUUUGAUUUUUCAAUUAAUUAUCAUGUUUUAUGCUGUGUUUGUUAUGAGAGGAAUAAUCAAAUGUUUAGUGUCUUAGUUUGUACUAUGGUAAUAUAAUCCUACCAUAAUUUCCUGCAGAUUGCCCACUACACAGUAGUCAAAAGUUUACAAGUCACUUACACAUUGAAAUUAUAUUAUAAGUUAUAUAUAUUGAAUUAAUAGAUUAUCUUUUAAAUUAGUCACAGACAUUUUUGAUAAACUCCCCCGCCCAGCAUUUUUGCUCAUUAGUCUUGGUACAAGCUAACAAAAUACCUAGUAUAUGAUGAUUAGCUUGAAACAUUCGUCUUUGUUUUUCUCUUUCUUUAUUGACAUAUGUCUUCAUAUGUUAGAAGAAAGUAUUUUAUGUAAAUACCAGUUUCAGCAACACAAACUUUCGCAGUAGAAGAGGGGACAUGUGAAAUUUGGUCUUAUUGAUAAAACUUUCACUGUAUGAUGUAGCACAUGUGAAAUUUGGUCUUAGUGAUGAAAACUUUCACAGUAGAAUAUGGGACAUGUAAAACUCAGCCUUAGUGAUAAAAACUUCCACUGUAAGAUGUAGCACAUGUGAAAUUUGGUCUUAAUGAUAAAAACUUUCACUGGUAGGAUGUGGGACAUGUGAAACUUGAUCUCACUAAUACACAGAUUCUCGGAGUAGGUUAAGUUGUUUUAUUGCACACAUAAAACUCAGUAUCAAGGUGUAAACGUACACCAUUGGCACUAGAUGUGAAAUAAAUAUUUCACAUGUGAAACCUAUAUUUUCAUGUGAAAUCUGCCCACUUAAUCACUGUACAAAUACUACUGAACUGUAACUGUAUAGUUAUUGACAGGAAAUGCUGGAAACUGUUUAAUUCUAAAUCACCAAAAAAUUAUUUAUUUUACAACAAUUGUGAAAUACAUGUAAGUUAUUUCAACUUAUAUUAUUCACGCUUGUUGACAAAUGAAAAACCCACGUGGUUGGGCAGGUGACAUCAAACCUUUUCAUGUCCGAUCGGGGAAUCGUACCUGGCCAUCUUUUGUAUAAUUACACAAUAUAUGAUAAUGUAUUGUAUAUGUC